GUGAGGGCUGCGGCGAUGGCAGCUUCCCUGGGGGCUGAGAGCUCACCCAGGACAAGCACUGGCCCUGAGAGCUGUCCCUGCGCGCGGGGUGGCAGCAGCGAGGCCCCGCGGGGGCAGCGGCUGAUCUGGACCCCAGGCAGGCAGCACGGUGGGGGCUCAGAGCUCUGCCUCGCUGCCGGGGCAGCGUGGCCGGGCCCACGGAAACACCCCGCGGAGGGGGACACGGAGCAGGAGCAGGGGUGGCCGCGGAGGGGCUGCCACGGUCCCGUCGCCGGAGAGUGCUUUCGCUUAGGCCGAGCCCCGCGCCUGUCCCCGCCCACCGGCCUUUGCCCGCCAAUCAGCUCUCGCUGCGCGCGAGCCUUGGCCAAUCGUGACCCGCUGCCUGCACGGCCGCGCAGCGCGAGGGCCGCUCCUUCCGAGCCAGCGGCGGCGCUUCCGGCGCGCGGGGGCCGGGGCCGUGCGGCCGCCAUGGUGCGCGCGUUCGUGCUGCUGGCGCCGGGCGGGCCCGCCGGCCACGCCCCCUGCCGCGUGCUGUACGCGCGCACCUUCGGGACCUCCGCCGGGCGCGGCUCCGGGGGCUCCCGGCAGCGCCUCCGCCGCAAGGAGCAGCUGCUGGUCGUGGCCAGACAAGUGGCCUCCCAGUGUCAGCUCCUUCAGUCAUCCUUGGGGCGCCCGUCCUCCCCACAACUUCCCCAGCUACCCGAUGAGCCGAUGUCACUCCAAGAUGCUCCAGGGGGUCUUUUCCAGAUGCCCCCUGGAGACCCAUUCCCUGAGCGGGUGACGGUAGUGUGGUUAUCAGUGCUGGCCCUUGCCUUCGCCUUGGUUUGUGAACCCCAAGAGAAUCUGUCGUUGGCUGAGAUCACCCUGCGGCGCCUGGCUCCCCGCCUGCUCCUCUCCCUGCGCCUCCUUGGCCCUGGCGCUGAUGUCCUGCUCCGUCCUGAUGCUGCUGAUGGCCUCCUGGACCGUCUCCUGCCCCACGGGCAGAUGCUUUUUCUCAACGAACAUUUCCUCCAGGCAGUGGACCGAGAGCUGGGUAUCAAAGCAUCCCGCUGAGCUACAGAUGACAUUCCUGCCUACCACUCCCAGAUAUUUUUGGGGGAUGAGAGACAAGGAGGGAUCUGAGAUGGUUGCCAAGCCCCAGUGGGAUGGAUGAGAAACAUAGUUCAAGAAUAAAGAGCGACGAGCCAGCUAAGAGCAGAGUUUUAAUCCAUUUAUCCCCCAACACCAUCAUGGGAGAGCUAACCCAUCCCCAUAAAUCCACCUGCAGCUGGGACGGUGCCAAAUUCCUGUGCUGUUUUCCUGCACUGCAUUCCUGCACCGUGUGCACAUGACAGUGAGUGGAGGCUGCAUGUGGCCGUGAAUGGACGCUAAAAGAGGGACCCUGGGUUGUGGUUACCCCAGCUGGGCAUGGUGGGGCAGGCAGGGGGUCCUCAGCAGGGGAGACAUGGCUCUGGGAUGGGGCCUUGGCAGGGUACAUGGGGCAUCCACGGGUGUGCAUCUCGCCAUGGGGCAUUGGGGUCUCUGUGUGGGGGAUUAAAUAAAUAGGUGGUGGGGCAGGAUGUAGCCGUGUGCCUCGCACAGCAGGGUGGUUGUCCCUAGAUGCUGCUGCUUGGGGUCAGGGGACCUGUGUGACACCCUGGGAGAUGGCAGGAUUUGGCACUCCCCUACCCAGCUCUGCAGGGUGCAGUGGGGAGCAGGGUCCUACCCUAGCACUUUCUGAGUGCUGGGAAAUCCAGGGAGCCAGGAGCUGGCAUGGACAGCUCUUACACCAGUGGGCCGGGAACAGUCUGGGCACUGCCAGGCCAUGCAGAGGGGCUGUCAUGAGGCCAGACUCCAAAGUGCUUUCGCUUGUAACUGCACCAGUAAAGCUGGAGCACCUGAGGAGGGGUGCUGGGCACUGAGCUUCAGCCGUGAUGGGUCUCUGGCUGUGCUGGGGGAUCUUAUUGUGUGCUGGAGAUGCGGGAGCAUUGGAGCCCACUGUGGCAUCCCACCCUUAAGGGGAAGGGCGUGCUGUCUUCACCUCCCAUGUGAUAGCAGCUGUCACAUACUGCUCCCACAACUGGCUUGAAUACAACCAAAAGCCAAUGAGACAUUAUCCCAGAGUGUUUAAAUGUUGCUAGCAAUUAAUUGCUGAUGAUAAUCAACUGGAAUGUGAAUAUAUGGGCCAUUACUGUGUAUGCACUGAUAGGAUUCCAGUUGCUUGAUUUCAAUAUCACCUGUUUAAUGGCCAAAAUUCUCUUGCAAAUCAGCCACCUGAAUUGAAUCAAAUGGGAUAUUUGUGUGUGAUUUUCCCCUCCACCCUUAGGUCUAGUAGAUUCAGGGCGAGUUGAAGGAGAUAAAAAAUCAUCUUUUCCCAAUUCUCUGUCAUGGGGACCGCCCUUUCCCAGAGACUGCACUGACCUGGCCUAGGCCAGGCACCAUUUCGCUUCUGGUUCUCCUUGAUCGCCUCCUGGAGCAAGAGCAGCACCUGCUUCAUCAUGGUGGGUUCCUGUACUGCACAGCCUGCUGGAUUAGAUCAUCCAGGAUGAAGCAGAUCAUCUUAUUCAGCCCUUUCCUACAAGAGGCAUCAAAGGAGCAUCCAGGAAGAGGAGAGAGGGAGGCACUCCCUGCUUGCAGCACUGCCAUCCAGGUCCUGGCCAGUUUGGUUCCCAGGACGAGCAGGGACAUUGCAGGACAACACAGGGCACAUGCCUGGCAGGUGGGGAGACAGAGGCAGAGCCCACUCCAAAACCAUUCCCGGCCCCAGCUGCUGGCACUUUGAACCUCCUUCACAGCCUCUGUGCUCUGUAGCUUAGCUGAGCUGGCUCUCAUUAACCAUUAUAGCUUGGGUGUGGCUGUGGCAGGAGGGUGGAGGUGCCAGCGCUCCUGGGCACCAGAGCACACAGAAUCCUGACAGGUAUGGCUGCAAUGGGAGCCCUGGGUGGCAAAGCUGUCUCUGCAGCUCCAAAACCUCCUGACAGUCAUUAAAGGGGCUGUAGCUGGGGGAGAAGUGCAGACAGCUGGGAGAAAAGGUGGUGCUGGGCUCCAUUCCCAACUCAUGGCUUGGGCUUAGUGCAU